GAACCGUUACCUUGUCUUCUAAUUGCAUGCUAGUGGUAAGCAUGCGCUUCACACAUCUGCUAGUCAACACAUAUAAAUUAUCAUGAUAAUGCGCAAGACUGUCAGUACGUCAUCCUCCAUUCAGCAGAGCACUGUAGUGUUUGCCCGUCUGCACACGAGUUCUGGAUUCAAAAAAAUGUACUUGCGCCUGGGACUUCUGUUUGCCAUUUUUUCCAUUGCCGCUUGCGCUCCCCCAGAAAGUACGGUCAAGUUAAGCGUGCCAGAUGAAAGCAAAAAAGACACUGGAAACGAAAAGCCUGUGACCUUUCACGCAGCCACUGCCAAUGAACAAAUCGGGAUCGAUGCGCCUUAUAUCUUUAUCCAUCCGAACAACCAGACACGUCCAGGAAACUUUACUUUUGGGAAAGAUCUGAUGACGUCAAUUCUACAAGCUUUGCUACCGGUUAAUUCUACUGCCAUUCCUUCGUUAGAGAACAGGGCCAAAUCAUCCCAAGAACUGGCGCCCGAUAUGUUGUUAAACAACUUACUUACAGCAAUGAUUCCGGUUCUUGCGGCUGCCAGUAAGAACGAUAUCGAAAUCGCAUCCCAUCAAGUGCAAAAGACAUUAACGGAUUUUUCGAAGUCAAACAAGGCAGGAAACCCGUAGUUGUAAAGUUUACUAUUGGAUUUUUGCUUUUGAAAGCUGGUUUUUUGUAGUACUAUAAUUAUGCGUAAUUAAACUUUACGCGCCGUGCAGUUGUUUGUUCGCGAUUAGUUUCUCAUUUGGCAAAUGAUUAGCUCACCGGUCAGUUUCCAACUUUAAUAGCUUUUUACAUGUAUGAAUAAACAGAGAAACAACCUCAUUCCAA